AUGUCGCUCAAGACGCUCGUCGACAUGUGCUCGCACCUGCAAAACGCCUCCAAGGCCAAACUCGGCCUCACCUCGUUCCGGAGCACAAAGCACAGCAUGCUGCUUGCCACCGCGCUGCACCGCGCCGGCUUCCUCUCCACCGUGUACCGCGCCGGUCCCACGCCGCCGUCCGAGGAGGACAUGCUCAGUCGGCCCAUGGAGCCGGUCACGACGGCCAACGUCUCCAGCCGCCGGCUGUGGCUGGGGCUGAAAUACUGGGACGGCAAGCCCGUGCUGGGCACGUGCCGGGCCAUGAGCACACCGUCGCGGCGCGUCACGGUCCGCCCAGAGGAGCUGGCGAGGGUCGUGCGCGGCUUCCCGACCAAGCUGGAUGCGGGCGUCGUGCAGGGCCUGACGCUGGGGGAGUGCCUGUUUCUGGAUACGACAGAGGGUGUGUUGGAGGCGCGUGAGGCGCUGGCCAAGAAGGUCGGCGGCACCCUCAUGUGCCGGGUGUCAUAG